AUGUAAGAAAUAUUAUUAUUAAUUCUUUUUAUAUUAUUUUUACAAUUUCCCAAUAAUAAGCACUUUCUUUGUAUUCAUUAUAUAAAUAACCCCAAAUCAAUCUGUUAUUCUUAUCUUUUAAAGUCUAUCUAAUUUUAUAAAGUCUAUUAAAUAGUNGAUUCUAAUUUACCUAAUUCUUUUCUAAAUUAUACUAAGGACAAAAGUGAAAUAAUUAAUCUAGUAUAACAGAGAUCUUAACUAAAGACACUUUAAAUAACAAAUAGUCAUCGCAUUUUUAAUGGAUACUAAAAAGAAUAGUCAAAUUAGUUAUCGAGUAGAAGCAGAAUGAUCUUGGGAAAGGAUGAUCAAGUAAUUUCAGAGUUUGCUUAGUCUGAUAUCAUGAUUCCUCCUUUUAUUAGUCUAUUAGAAUCUAGUAUAGAAGCUGAAUCCUCAAUAAAAACCAUCUAGAAUAUAUAAAUAAAUUGUAUUUAGCCAAAUGUAAAAAAAUAAUACAAAUUGCCAUAAAGCAUUUAAUUUAUCCAUUUUAUACCAAAAGAUGGAUUUAAAUGUUUAUAAUGA